AUGAUAGAAAUAUUUUGUACUGCAAUUGUUGUGAUCACCAUAUUGAUUGUGGGGGUAUUUGUUUUUAUGAUUAUAGGAACCAGAAAAAAAAAAUUAAUAUUAGAUAAUAUGUUUUAUAUAAAUAGCAAGUAUAAAAUUGAUCUGGAUAAAAUCAUUGUGAAAAUGAAAAACAAAAAUGUAAUUAAUAUUGAUGAUGUAGAUGAUGAGGAAUUAUUGGCUAUCUUAUUUACAUCUAAACAAUUUGAAAAAAUAUUAAAAAAUAAUGAAGAUAGCAAAUAUUUAGAAAAUAAAGUUUUCUGUAGUGUGUUCCUUGAACCAAGUACAAGAACAAGAUGUUCUUUUGAUGCUGCAAUUUUAAAAUUAGGUUCCAAGGUUUUAAAUAUCACUGAUAUGAAUUCUACUUCUUUUUAUAAGGGAGAAACUGUUGAAGAUGCCUUUAAGAUAUUGUCAACAUACGUGGACGGAAUUAUAUACAGAGAUCCAUCAAAGAAAAAUGUCGAUCUUGCUGUUUCUUCUUCAAGCAAGCCAAUUAUUAAUGCCGGUAAUGGAACAGGGGAACAUCCAACUCAGUCUCUCUUAGAUUUUUAUACAAUUCAUAAUUACUUCCCAUUUAUUCUAGAUAGAAAUAUAAAUAAAAAACUUAAUAUAGCCUUCGUUGGAGACUUGAAAAAUGGAAGAACUGUACAUUCACUUAGCAAACUACUUAGCAGAUACAACGUCAGUUUUAAUUUUGUUUCAUGUAAAUCGUUGAAUAUUCCUAAAGAUAUAGUAAAUACAGUUACCUAUAACUUAAAAAAAAACAAUUUUUAUAGCGAUGAUUCUAUCAAAUAUUUUGAUAAUUUAGAGGAAGGCAUAAAAGACGUUCAUAUAAUUUAUAUGACUAGAAUACAAAAAGAAAGAUUUAAUGAUGUAGAUGAAUAUAAUCAAUAUAAAAACGCAUUCAUUCUGAGUAAUAAAAUUUUAGAAAACACAAGAGACGAUACAAAGAUACUUCACCCUCUUCCAAGAGUUAAUGAAAUAAAAGUGGAAGUAGAUAGUAAUCCAAAAAGUGUUUAUUUCACACAAGCAGAAAAUGGAUUAUAUGUAAGAAUGGCUUUAUUAUAUCUCAUUUUUUCAUCAAAUAGCUAG